GUGCCAUCCCCUUGCCACCAGGGGUAAUAUUUAGCACCAAUCAGAAAGGAGAUACUGGGGGUGAGAAUCGGAGGGGCAGUGGGGAGCAGGAGCUGAGUGAGACUUUGCCCCCCGCAGGCAGACAGUCAGGCUAUUAGGGAAGGGGCUGCCCCCUCAUUACAUGAGGGGAGGGGAGAGCAGCGUCGGUGUCAGUCCCCCCCGGGCACCAUGAUCCCAGCACUGACUCUGCUCUCCCUCUGUGCCACCUGUGCCCCCCCUGCUGCUGGGAUGCCAGUUGUUGUGGCGCCAGCUGUCAGGCCCAAAGUGCCACCCCCCAGCACCCAAGGGCCCCCGGCUCAGCCCACACCGACCCAGAUGGCUGAGAGCUUGGGCAGGGAGCCCCGGGGGGCCAAGGCAAGGGCCAAAGUCACCGUGGACAAUAACACUGGGCCCAGAGAGAAGUUCCCAGCAGGGGCCCAACCAGAGGGGCAGAACUUCUAUGGAAAUGCUAAACUGCCCCAGGCCGGACCCCCCCACAGCGCCUACUCUCUGCUCCAUCAGAAGAAAAGCUCUCUGGCUGCCCCCCAGGGGGGCAAUCUCCAGGGCCACAAACGCAGCAAGAAUAACGACCCAAUGGAAAGUAACCGGCCCGGUACCAGACACCGAGAGGCUGGGAGCAAUUUCACCAAAGCAUCAUGGGUAACCAACCGCCACCCUUCCAGUGUUCUCUCCCAACUGCCAGCCUGCAGAAAAGGCUUUGGCAGCAGGGAGACGUGCACUGGCGAGUGCCCCCGGGACAUGGGGGAGAGGGAGGCCUAUUGCAACAGUGACUUUGCGGUGAAUGGCAUAGUGCAGGAUAUGGAAAGUGUGGGCAAGGGCAGCCGCCUGGUGACCCUGUUGGUUGGCAGAGACGGGCUCUACAAAAUCAACCGCCUCUAUAUCCGCCCCGACGGCGUCUUCUUCCGAGUGAAGAUCCUGCUGGCGAACACCUCAUCCUGCCCCAAGCCGUGCCCGGAGCUCAAGCCAGGGGUCAGAUACAUCCUUAUGGGGCAGAUUUACCAGAAGAGAAUGACCCUCCCAGCGGCCAUGCAGCACAUUGUCGGGGGCCGCUUCGGGGCAGGCGAUGGCAUUAUCAGGAGCAGCAGCUAUGUGCAGAGAUACAACCGUAGGAGGGGGCGCAACGUGCUGGCAGCUUCCCACUCCAAAUGCACAUGAAUGGCAGAGGGCACGGAAUGAGCCGGUCUCCCCUCUGCCUCACACAGUGGUAUGUGCCAGUUACCCCAGGCCAACCUGCCAGCCAUAUAAUAAAGGGGCAGGAGAAAUACAGUUGGUACAUCCCCCAUCAGCCUAAUGGUGCAGCCCAUCUAGCCUGGCAAGCUGGCCAGGGCCGGCCCACUGUGAUGCAGAGAGGGGUACAUGCUCCCAGCUGAUUGGCUGCUGUCAGACCUCAAGUUCUCAUCACAUUAACCCUUUAGCAAGGAAAGGGGUAAAAAAGCAGCAGAAAAUAUCUAUGCAAGUCCCAAAAGGAAGGGUGGGUGACGCAGAGCAGCUAUGGGGGGCUUCACUCCUGGGACUUACCCCUGCAGCCAAUCAUGGAAGCUCUGUAAAUACAUUUACUGCUACGUGGGAAAUACUGCUUCACUUCUACAAUAAAGUGGAUUUGUAGCUGCUACU